AUGGAUAAUCCCUCUCUCUUAGAAUUUCUAAGCACUUGGCUGCUCAAGACUCGCAUGACUUUUUACAAUGACGACCAGCUCGUGCUUCCGUGGUGGUUUGGCCUCUGCUGCUGGAAUUUUGCCUUUGCAGGAGCUUUCAUGCUCUGGAUAGAACCGCAAUGGAUCCAGAAACCUCAAAAGAUAGCAUUUUGGCCCUCCUCCUUAUUCUCCCUCCACAUUAAACUUCCCUACCGAACCGUAGCCUAUUUGCUCAUUUUUGCACAGGCUCCACUCAGUUUCCUAGCUGAUUACUGCUACAUGACGCAGGACAGUUAUUGGCAUGUCAUUGACAGGUGCUUUGCUAUGCCACUCAUGGGAUUGGAACUACUCAAGUUCACUCUCAUGGCCAGGGAGUCACUCCGACAUUUACAAUUCAAAUCAAACCCCAUUGCCAUGCCCGUCCCAUUGCUUGCACUUUACCUUUUCGCUACACUCUUUGCCAUUUUCUCCUAUGUACAAUCCACCCAGGCACAAGCAAGGAGAGAUCAUCAAGCAUUCAUUCUAUGGCACAACAAUUGGCACUUGUUCCCACUCAUCGCCAUGGCCAUUCUCGCUUUCGAUUUCUAUGUCUGUCAAGGAUGGAAACGAUCCACCAGAAAGUAUAUGUAUGCCAUUGAAAUCAAAUACCUUCUACCAAAGGACACAACACCAAAGGCAAAAGCAAAAGCAAAACUAUAA